AUGCCAUCUUUCUCAUCUGCUUCCAAACUCAUGUCAUGCGUGCACAGUCCUGUUCUCUUAGCCGAAACGGAACCUACCAUCACAGUCCUUCAAGCGGAACCUAUGAAUGCGGAACUCAGUUUCGCCAUGCUGCAACCAGUCUUGCCUACACUCAACAAUGGGGUUUCGCGUCUCUCUUGGGGACAAUUCGAAGUAGUAAUCGACUCUUCCAGAGCUACCCUCACAGGAAACAGCACAAUCCUCGCCGAAGCCUUCGCAUGGGAACUUGCCUUUGAAGCCCUCGCGUUCGGCGGAGGCCAUUACGAUAGUGUCCCUAUUUACAACGGCACCAACAUACAUGCGCAAUCAACCACCAUACCUUCCAGUUCGUGCCCUUUGUUCCUCUUGUGA